GUAGACGGAGGUACUUUCAGAAGUUGUCACACCUCACUUUCUGGCAGACCACGUUUAAGGUACGAGAUGGGACCUCGCGUGUCGACGUUUGCGUUGCUGGUGCUGCUGCUGGUCGCGGCUGGUGACGCUCACCACAGGUCAAGCCACGCCACGAGGCACGGCGGUCGAGUCAGAGCGGCUCAUAGGACCAGCAAGGCGUCCCCAGGGACGAGGAGCAAGGGCGCUUCCGAGGAGUCGCUGCUCGUCACCGUCAAGGCCGCCAAAGAGCUCGAAUACGACUUCGGAGACGAUGGGACGUUGGAGAAGGAAAUGAUAGCCAGCGGGCGCUAUGACCCUAAAAUGGUUUUCGGAUACGACUUAACAAUGGACGAUCACCAGCGCAACCGCAUAUUAGUCACGACCCCUCUUGUCCGUCGCGGCAUCCCGGUGACGCUGAGCACCAUCCCCUAUGACGGAGAGCAGAGUUCGCCCCUGAAGCCGUACCCCAACCUGGAAAUCCACCACACCACCGAGGACUCCAUCACCGACUGCAACUCACAGUUGGUGGACGUCGUCAGAACGACCAAAACGUGGGCGGAUGACGAUACACUAUACGCUCUCGACAAUGGUGCUUUGGACCUGACAACGAGUCCCAAAAACGUGUGUCCACCCAAAAUUGUUAUCUUCGACCUGCGAAAAGAUGAGAUCAUCAACUCCACAGUUAUACAGAACGCAGCCUGCAACGCAUUCUACACGUAUUUAUGGGUGGACGCGUGCCCAGAUGGUUGCCUGACGGCCUACAGCUCUGACAGCAGAGGCAACGUACUGUCGGUGACGGACCUCACCACAGGGACCACCAAACACCUGCAGAGCCAGUACUUCUACCCCAAGCCCGGCUUCUUCUUCACGAAGGCGGGAGGUCCAGCCUACUACCUACCGGACGGCAUAAAUGGAGCGACGGCCGACGAGAGCUGCGAUGGGAAACUCUACUUCCAGGCGUUCGCCAGCAAUAUCCAGGGCGUUGUCGACAAGCAGGUCAUCCGAGAUGCAUGCGACGGGGAUGUUUUGGACAUCAAGACGCAGGUUGAUCUGCCAGGAAAAUUACCGGGACAGAGUGGAGUAAUGACGGUGGAUCCGAAGGGUCAGCUACUAUUCUUCCCUGUUCUGGAUGAAUUGGCCAUCUACUGCUGGGACACGAGCAAGCCGCACGAUCGUAAGAACUUCCACCUGAUCGUUCAAGAUGAUGAACAUCUACAAUUUGUCAGCAGCAUGGAAAUAGACACCAAAACACAAAGAUUAUAUAUAAUGAGCGAUCGAUUUACAUCAUACCUGUCAAAUACCACCAACUAUUCUGAAGACAACUACCAGAUUUUGUAUAUUGACAUAAAGGAUAUAAAAUGUUAGUUGUGUGUACCACAGAUUUUGUUUUGUCAAGACGAAUAAACUUGGUGCCCUGGAAGAUCAAACGAAUGUAACUACCACUAUAUAAAAUACUGAAACGAAUUAA